AUGUCAGUGUUCAUUGCAUUUCACAUUAUUAGAGUUCUCGUUUAUAAUUUGUUGUGCUUUCGCUUAUCAAAUCAAACACAGGGACGCAUCCUUACUUUUGGUGGGGUUACUGCAGCAAUAUGCUCUGCUGCGGUUGCUGCCUUCUCAAAUUUGGUUGCUAUUGCUGGUUGGCCAACUUGGGUAGCAGUUGCCAUCUGUGAGACUGUACGGAAGGUGGUUACUUAUGUAGUGACCAGGCCUGGAAGAGAACUUCUGUUUACUGUGGUCACUCAAGAAGAGAAAUACAAAGCUAAGCUUCUGCAAAAACUGGUCGCCUUUAUGAAAUGGUGUCUAGAAUGUCUGCCAAGACUAGAGGAAGAUCAAAGGAACCUCCCAAAUCACCUUCAGAUUCAUCACCAUUGAUGAAUUCUAAAUUAAUACUUAAAGUCUUGUUCGUGGGUGCACUUGCAGUUGCAUGGCGAUAUUAUUUUGAAUGACAACACCAGAAGCUUCCUCUUUCUUUAUUCAAGACUGCUCAAGGCCAC